GAAAGGGAGAGCAAUGAAGGCGGGCCCUGCUGCCUCUGCCUCGUCACCCGGGGCUCCUCCCACCCGAGGAGGAAGAGGAAGAGGCCGGGCCAAGAUGGCGGCCCCCGUCUCGCCCGAGAGCUUGGAGGAGCCGCUGGACUGUCAGGAAUCGGGAUUUAAAACCGAAAAUGAAGAUGAUCUGCAGUUUCUAUCUGUCAGCAAUCAGAAAGUAGAUGAAGGUGCAACUUUUGUGAGAGUUAGAAAGUUUGGGAAAAACAAAACACGUUAUGACGGCUCUCUAGUUCAUUUGACCCAGCGAUUCAUGGAGCUUCUCAGAACUGCUCCACAAGGUGUCCUCGAUUUGAAUGAGGUUUCCCGUAAGCUCGGAGUGCGGAAACGAAGAGUGUAUGAUAUCACAAAUGUGCUAGAUGGAAUACAUCUUAUUCAGAAAAGAUCCAAGAAUCAUAUUGAGUGGGUUGGAUCAGAUAUUAAGAACAUCACUAGAAGGACACCAGAGCAGCAAAAGUUACGAGAUGAAAUUUAUGAUUUAACAAUAAUGGAAGAAGCACUGGAUGAAUUAAUCAAGGACUGUGCUCACCAGUUGUUUGAUUUAACAGACGAUAAAGAAAACUCAAGAUUAGCUUACGUCACCUAUCAAGAUAUUCGUAGCAUUCAGGCAUUUCAAGACCAGAUUAUUAUUGCCAUUAAGGCACCUGAAGAAACCAGAAUGGAGGUGCCACCUCCUAAAAUGAACUGUAUAGAAGUCUGUAUAAAGAGUACAAAGGGUCCUAUUGAUGUUUUUCUAUGUGAGGUGCCACCACAGAAACCAGAAGCCGAUGCUUUGGAAAAGUGAGCAACAUGAGAAAUUAACAGCAUUUUUGUACUGCUAAAAUACUUGAUUUCUGAACUUCAGCUUCAUGGACCUCACAGGCUUUAAUUCCCUAACGGCUUGCACAAAGAGAAGAAAUGUUUGUCAUGCCUGCAUUAAAGAGAUCAAGAGGAGACUAAAAUUACAAGAUUCCUCUCCACAUCAAGCUAAUCGUCUAUUUUCAAUAAAGAAUCAUCUUCCUUAGACUACUCUUCCCACAAAGAGCUUUUUUGCUCUGGUUCAUUCCCACCAACCAAAUGGCAGUGACAGAACUGCAGUUCUGUCAUGUAAGACAGCCUUAAGCUACAUUCCCAAAUCAUAGCUUGGGUUUAUCUUUUGUAUAAGUUUGAAUGUAUAUACUGUACUAGAUCCCCUAGUUCCCUGUGAGUUGCCACUUAAGUGGAAGUGGUAAUAAUUAAAGUUGCAGUUAUGGCUUAGCUGUCAGAACUGAAUCUGCAGCCAAAUGUAUUCAGAAAGGGAUAGCUUUGAAAAAAUGCACUUUUAUUCUGAAACAGCACUCCUGCUAGGCAGAAUUAUUGAACAUAUAUUAAAAAUAUUGAAAAUUUGGGAGAUGAGAUACCGUGCACUCGAAUAGAUUAGGAAAAAACUAUGCACUAUAUUAUAUGUGUUCAUAUGAGAGGCAUUAAAUUCAGUUUGGAAUCAUGGCUGUUAAGUUUUGAAAAAAUUGAAAUGGCUUGGGUCAUAUGUAUUUGUGUGUGCAUAUGUAUAUAUUGUGUAUCAUGUUUAAAUGGUCACUAAUGGAAAUCUUGCCAGUGUGAGCAGCACGCUUGCCUCUGUACAGAAACAAUAAACGUAAAUUUGUAAAUAUUAAA